AUGAGCCACAUUGGGAACGAUGCAAUGGACAGCACGGACUACACGGACAUGCACCGUGCCAGGUACCACCCAUCCCUUCAAGAAGCCGACGCCAUCGUGGAGCGCGUGCGCGGCCUCGAUGUUGCUGAGCAGCGGAUGACAGACGAGCUACGCCGCCUUGAAGCGCGCAUCGUUCACGUCCGCAGACAGGCUGCCUUGGGAAGGGCUCUUCUCUCGCCUUGGCGCCGCAUUCCACCAGAGAUCUGGUCCGAAAUCUUCAUUCUGUCUGUGCCCGAAUACUGGUCCCGCACCCCAAUCAAUCAGAAACUGCUGGCUUGCGCGGAAGUCUGCUACUCGUGGCGCGUAAUCGCAUUGAACACCUCGCAACUCUGGACCGACAUCACCAUCGAUCUUAAUACAGGAACACCCAUGCCGAACCUGGAGGCCUCGUUCAUAACUCACACGGGAAGGGCUGGAAAUCAGCUGCUGCGCGUGCGAGGUCGGGACGUUGGCAUUCAGGGCGGCGAGCCGUACUUCAACAGCAUGCUAUGGCAGCUCAUCAGCCAGCAGUCUCGCCGCUGGAAAACCAUCGAACUGCUUGACGUACAUCCACGCCUAUACGCCAAAUUCGAGGGACUACCAUACCCCAACCUCCGCUCGUUAAUUCUCCUGAUGGGCGAUGAAGACACCGCGAUGACACAGGUGCAUGCCUUCGACGAUGCUCCUGAAUUAUGCUCUCUCAAAAUUCUGGGUACCUGUCGUCUGCCCGUUGAUUUUGAACUCUCACCCUCGUGGCGCUUACACACCUUGGGGAUCGCGUACGCACCAUUUACGCACGGUCAUGCGCUUGAUAAGCCCUUCUUGGACUCCAUCCUGCCGUGCAGCCAGACGUUGCAAAGAUUGGUGCUAGAUGCAGAAAUCUCUGGUGAUCGGGUUCCCGUGCAUCCGACGACACUUCCUUCCCUUGGGGAGCUCGAAUUGACUGACGGGGCAGUCUAUAUAAUGGAACGAAUUCUCCGCCCCACCACAUUGCACACGCUUGUACUGCGCCAGGACAUCCUAGAGAGGGAGGAUACCACGAAUACACUCGACGUAGUAUAUCGCCUUCUGGAUCAGUCGACCGCUGUACAGCACACACUUCGCACUCUCAAGCUACAGUCGAUCCGAACGACUGGCAUCAUUCGCGUUCUGCAGCGCUUGCCUCGUCUGACUCGGCUAGAGGUCGAGGACAGGCACUGGACAGACCACAUAGAGCCGGGCGAUGCCUUCGAGCUGGCGGAAGCGUUGCAGCGAGAUCGAACAAGGCGACUCGCUCGCUUUAUUGCCAGACCUCACACACCUGACGCUGAGGUUCGACUGCAUGCUGAACACGCACCUCCCUCGCAUGAUUCGGCACGCUGA